GAUCAGUUGUUGUUUCGAUUCAUCUGGAAGAGUACCUCAAUCUGUCUUUGUCUUUAGUGACUGACGAUUUUGAGGAGUGCAAGUCAGUAAUUUUGUAGACUGUCCCUCAGUAUGGGUUUGUCUGAUGUUCCUUCAAGAUGAAAUUCCUGUUGUGCGUAUAUUGGGCAUGAUGAUACUACCGAAUUGGUAGUGUUUUUAGUACUUUUUCAGGAGGCGCACGCUGCCCGUCUAAUUUCCAGGAGGCGCUUAUUUUCACCAUAGGAUAGUGUGCGCCAUGUUUUCCCACCGCAAAGUUAAUAUUUCGCUCUUUGAAAUAGUACCUGUCGGGAGAUACUUGGAGACUACGUAACGUAAAGUUGUUUCCAGGGUACUUGCGCCCCCUAGUUUUGCCAAGGUUACAAUGACAGCGGCAGACACAGUAGGGUGUCAGCCCUGGUGGCUGUUUCCCAGGGCCAAUUUCUGUCUUCCCCCUAGACUGUAUCCCUUGUAUUACCAUAAUGCCUGGCACACAGUGAAUGGCAGUUUCUUACCCGAUUCAUUUCUUUUAUGUCAGCAGUUAGCAAUGUGUAUUGUAAUUAACUGCCUGUAUGUCUUUUCCACAGACUGUGAGCUUGUUCAGGGUAGUCAUCACGGCUUAUUGCUUUUCUAUCCCCAGUGUCUGUCACAUAUUAGGUGCUUGAAAAUUACAUGUUUCAAUUAGUGGCGUGCAGCAGACGCUAGGGAAGAAGGUAAGGGCUACAAGUCAGUCUGCGGACGGCACUUUUCCUGCUCUAAGCGGAAGUGAGGGCAAGGGUAGCGGAAGACGCGGCCGGCGCAGUCCGCAUGGAAACCCACACAUCUCAGCCACCACGCUGGCGGUUGGGCCUCAGAAUUCCACGGGUGGGGAGGAGAGUGGGGCGGGAAACCAAAAACCGAAUUCUGUGCUCCCGGCAUUCCACGUGGGCGGUGCUCCCCUUUGACCCUUCGCUCCCUUGCUACAUAUCCGGGCUUCUGCUGCUACUAGUCCGGGGAAGAUGGCGGAUGCAGCUGUCGUGCUUCCUGUAGAGUGGAUAAAGAACUGGGAGAAAUCAGGGAGAGGCGAAUUUUUGCAUUUAUGCCAGAUCCUGAGUGAAAAUAAAAGCCGUGAUAGUUCAUCUUAUAAAGAUUUCCAGCAAGCUCUUUAUGAGUUAUCAUGCCAUGUCGUUAAUGGAAAUCUCAAGCAUGAACAUGCAUCUAAUGUUCUUAACGACAUUAGUGAAUUUCAUGAGGAUAUGCCUUCCAUUCUUGCUGAUGUAUUCUGCAUAUUAGAUACUGAGACAAAUUGUUUAGAAGAAAAAAGCAAGAGAGACUAUUUUACACAAUUGGUAUUAGCAUGUUUGUAUUUAGUUUCAGACACAGUUCUAAAGGAACGCCUGGAUCCAGAAACAUUGGAAUCAUUAGGGCUUAUCAAACAAUCACAGCAGUUCAAUCAAAAGUCGGUUAAAAUCAAGACAAAACUCUUUUAUAAGCAGCAAAAAUUCAAUUUGUUAAGAGAAGAGAAUGAAGGUUAUGCCAAGCUGAUUGCUGAAUUGGGGCAAGAUUUAUCUGCAAAUAUUACUAGUGAUUUAAUCUUAGAAAAUAUCAAGUCUUUAAUAGGAUGCUUCAAUCUGGAUCCCAAUAGAGUUUUGGAUGUCAUUUUAGAAGUGUUUGAAUGCAGGCCAGAACACGAUGAAAUCUUUAUAUCUUUAUUAGAAUCUUAUAUGAGUAUGUGUGAACCACAAACACUGUGUCAUAUUCUUGGAUUCAAAUUCAAGUUUUAUCAGGAACCAAAUGGAGAGACCCCUUCAUCUUUAUACAGAGUUGCAGCAGUACUUCUACAAUUUAAUCUUAUUGAUUUAGAUGAUCUUUAUGUACAUCUUCUUCCAGCUGAUAAUUGCAUUAUGGAUGAACACAAACGAGAAAUUGUGGAAGCUAAGCAAAUUGUUAGAAAACUUACAAUGGUUGUAUUGUCUUCCGAAAAAAUUGAUGAGCGAGAGAAAGAAAAGGAAAAAGAAGAGGAGAAAGUAGAGAAGCCACCUGACAACCAAAAACUUGGUUUGUUGGAAGCCUUGUUAAAGAUUGGUGAUUGGCUGCAUGCACAGAACAUUAUGGAUCAGAUGCCUUCAUACUAUGCAGCUUCACAUAAGCUAAUAGCCCUUGCUAUUUGCAAGCUUAUUCACAUAACUAUUGAGCCACUCUACCGAAGAGUUGGCGUUCCUAAAGGUGCUAAAGGCUCACCUGUUAAUGCUUUGCAAACUAAGAGAGCACCAAAACAAGCAGAGAGCUUUGAAGACUUGAGGAGAGAUGUCUUCAGUAUGUUCUGUUACCUUGGUCCUCAUCUUUCUCAUGAUCCCAUUUUAUUCGCAAAAGUGGUGCGCAUAGGCAAAUCAUUUAUGAAGGAGUUUCAGUCUGAUGGAGGCAAACAAGAAGAUAAAGAGAAAACGGAAGUUAUCCUUAGCUGUUUGCUUAGCAUUACUGACCAGGUACUACUUCCAUCUCUUUCUUUGAUGGACUGCAAUGCUUGUAUGUCUGAGGAACUAUGGGGAAUGUUUAAAACAUUUCCAUAUCAGCAUAGAUAUCGUCUGUAUGGCCAAUGGAAGAAUGAAACUUACAACAGUCACCCACUUUUAGUAAAAGUUAAAGCUCAAACAAUAGACAGAGCCAAGUAUAUCAUGAAGCGUCUAACCAAGGAAAAUGUGAAGCCUUCUGGAAGACAAAUUGGAAAGUUGAGCCACAGCAAUCCAACCAUUUUGUUUGAUUAUAUCUUGUCACAAAUACAAAAGUAUGAUAACUUAAUAACACCUGUAGUAGAUUCAUUGAAAUAUCUCACUUCAUUGAAUUAUGAUGUCUUGGCCUAUUGUAUCAUUGAAGCUUUAGCUAAUCCAGAAAAGGAGAAAAUGAAACACGAUGAUACAACCAUCUCAAGUUGGCUUCAGAGUCUGGCUAGUUUCUGUGGUGCAGUUUUUCGUAAAUACCCAAUUGAUCUUGCUGGUCUUCUUCAAUAUGUGGCUAAUCAGCUAAAGGCGGGCAAAAGUUUUGACCUGCUUAUAUUGAAAGAAGUAGUACAGAAAAUGGCAGGAAUAGAAAUUACAGAGGAAAUGACAAUGGAGCAACUAGAGGCCAUGACUGGUGGAGAGCAGCUAAAAGCUGAGGGUGGCUAUUUUGGCCAGAUCAGAAACACUAAAAAAUCUUCCCAAAGAUUAAAGGAUGCACUAUUGGACCAUGACCUUGCUCUUCCUCUGUGUUUGCUUAUGGCUCAGCAGAGAAAUGGGGUCAUCUUUCAGGAAGGUGGAGAAAAACAUUUGAAACUUGUGGGAAAGCUCUAUGAUCAGUGUCAUGAUACCCUGGUGCAAUUUGGUGGGUUUUUAGCAUCUAAUCUAAGCACAGAAGAUUACAUAAAGCGAGUGCCUUCAAUUGAUGUGCUCUGUAAUGAAUUUCAUACACCCUACGAUGCAGCAUUUUUCCUGUCUAGGCCAAUGUAUGCACACCACAUUUCGUCAAAGUAUGAUGAACUUAAAAAAUCAGAAAAGGGAAGUAAACAGCAGCAUAAAGUUCAUAAGUACAUUACAUCAUGUGAAAUGGUGAUGGCUCCUGUCCAUGAAGCAGUGGUCUCCUUACAUGUUUCCAAGGUCUGGGAUGACAUCAGCCCUCAAUUUUAUGCCACAUUCUGGUCAUUGACGAUGUACGACCUUGCAGUUCCACAUACCAGCUAUGAACGGGAAGUCAAUAAACUUAAAGUCCAGAUGAAAGCCAUUGAUGAUAAUCAGGAAAUGCCUCCAAAUAAAAAGAAAAAAGAGAAGGAGCGCUGUACUGCCCUUCAGGACAAGCUUCUUGAAGAAGAAAAAAAACAAAUGGAACAUGUACAGCGAGUUCUACAGAGACUGAAACUGGAAAAGGACAACUGGCUUUUAGCGAAAUCCACCAAAAAUGAGACCAUCACAAAAUUUCUACAGCUGUGUAUAUUUCCUCGAUGUAUUUUUUCAGCAAUUGAUGCUGUUUACUGUGCUCGUUUUGUUGAGUUGGUACAUCAACAGAAAACUCCAAAUUUUUCCACACUUCUUUGCUAUGAUCGAGUUUUCUCUGACAUAAUUUACACAGUCGCAAGCUGUACUGAAAAUGAAGCUAGUCGAUAUGGGAGAUUUCUUUGCUGCAUGUUAGAAACUGUGACCAGGUGGCACAGUGAUAGAGCCACAUAUGAAAAGGAAUGUGGAAAUUAUCCAGGAUUCCUCACUAUAUUACGGGCAACUGGAUUUGAUGGAGGAAAUAAAGCUGAUCAAUUAGACUAUGAAAAUUUUCGUCAUGUUGUACAUAAAUGGCAUUACAAAUUAACCAAGGCAUCGGUGCAUUGCCUUGAAACAGGCGAAUAUACCCACAUCAGGAAUAUCUUGAUUGUGCUAACAAAAAUACUUCCUUGGUACCCAAAAGUUUUGAAUCUGGGUCAGGCUUUGGAAAGAAGAGUACAUAAAAUCUGCCAAGAAGAAAAAGAGAAGAGGCCAGAUCUAUAUGCAUUGGCUAUGGGCUACUCUGGGCAGUUGAAAAGUAGAAAGUCAUACAUGAUACCUGAAAAUGAGUUUCAUCACAAGGACCCCUCUCCGAGGAAUGCAGUUGCCAGUGUACAAAAUGGGCCUGGUGGUGGGCCUUCUUCAUCAUCGACGGGAAGUACAUCUAAAUCUGAUGAAAGCAGUAAUGAUGAGACUGAUAAAUCAAGGGAGAGAUCUCAGUGUGGUGUGAAAGCUGUUAAUAAAGCUUCUAGUGCCACACCAAAAGGAAAUUCAAGCAAUGGAAAUAGUGGCUCUAACAGCAGCAAAGCUGUUAAAGAAAAUGACAAGGAGAAAGGGAAAGAGAAAGAAAAAGAGAAAAAAGAAAAGACUCCAGCUACAACUCCAGAGGCCAGGGUACUUGGUAAAGAUGGUAAAGAAAAACCAAAGGAAGAACGGCCAAAUAAAGAUGAAAAAGCAAGAGAAACGAAGGAAAGAACACCUAAGUCUGACAAAGAGAAAGAAAAAUUCAAGAAAGAAGAAAAAGCUAAAGAUGAGAAAUUCAAGACCACCGUCCCCAAUGUAGAAUCAAAAUCUACUCAAGAAAAGGAAAGAGAGAAGGAGCCAUCCAGAGAAAGAGAUAUAGCAAAGGAAAUGAAAUCAAAGGAAAAUGCUAAAGGAGGAGAAAAAACACCAGUUUCUGGGUCCUUAAAGUCACCUGUUCCCCGAUCAGACAUUGCAGAGCCUGAAAGGGAACAAAAACGCCGCAAAAUUGAUACACACCCUUCUCCAUCACAUUCCUCGACAGUAAAGCUGGUUUAUUUCCAGGUUACAGCCAUAUUUCCCAAAGUUCCUCUGGGUUCUGAGAACUAUGCCAGCUCACCUGUCAUCUCCAUUCAUUUUCUGCAGGACAGUCUCAUCGAACUCAAGGAGUCUUCAGCAAAGCUCUACAUUAAUCAUACUCCACUACUGUCCAAGAGUAAGGAGAGAGAAAUGGACAAGAAAGAUUUGGACAAGUCAAGGGAAAGAUCCAGAGAAAGAGAGAAAAAAGAUGAAAAGGACAGGAAAGAGCGGAAAAGGGAUCACUCAAACAAUGACCGUGAAGUGCCACCAGACUUAACCAAGAGACGAAAAGAGGAAAAUGGAACAAUGGGGGUUUCAAAGCGCAAAAGUGAAAGUCCAUGUGAGUCUCCUUAUCCAAAUGAGAAAGACAAGGAAAAAAAUAAGUCAAAAUCUUCAGGCAAAGAAAAAAGCGGCGAUUCAUUUAAAUUUGAAAAGAUGGAUAAAAUCUCCUCCGGUGGCAAAAAGGAGUCCAGGCAUGAUAAAGAAAAGAUAGAAAAGAAAGAGAAACGGGACAGUUCAGGAGGAAAGGAAGAGAAGAAACAUCAUAAGUCCUCGGACAAGCACAGAUAAUGAAGACUUUGAGUCAAGGGUAUGGAUAGACCCCUAAGCUGAAGGUCUCCCAGAGGAGGAUGCCAAAGCUCCAUGCAUCACUCUCAGAACGUUCUCUCCCCUAACUAAGAGCUUCUGGUGCUGUCCAUUUAAUCGGAGUCUGCUUUAAGUCAGAAGAUGAAUGCACACCACCAUCCUCUUGACAAGACAUUCCAAAGUCACUGAUUUUCAGAAUAUUGUUUUCACCUCCAGGCAGUUUCUUGCAGCAAGGUCCCUGUGUAUACAAUUUUUACUCAAGAUUCACCAUCCAGAAGCAGCAUCUAAUGAAAAUUUCACUGUUUUAGUUAUCCUUUCUCAGAAAGGAGAGGAAAUCACCUCCUGGAACCAAUUCUUCAAUGUUGUAGAUAGGCGGUAUUUGUGUGUGAACUCCUAUAAGCUUGACAAUAUUGGGAUGAUUAUAUUGCUUGAGGAUUUUGGAAUCAUGUUGAAAUUUUAAUUUCAGUUCCUGGGAAAAAUCAUCUUCAUAUAUUUUAACAGCAACAACAGUUUUAUCCUUUGAUAUGCCCUUAAAUAUGUCAUCAAAACUAUCAUUGAUGUAAUUCUAUUGUGACGUCUUGAUGAUUGAAAAUCAAUUUAUUAUUCUACUUAUGGCCCUAUAUAUCUACUGAUAUCAUGAUACUGUUUAUUAGAACAUUGACUUUUUGGGGGGUAUUUAAAAAAUUUGAGAUGAAAUUUACAUAACAUAAAAAUUGCCAUUUAAAAGUGGUUUUUAGUAUAUUCACUAUGUUGUAACAAUCACCAGUAAUUCUAGAGCAUUUCCAUUACCCCAAAAAGAGACCCAAAUUCUCCCCUUGCCCCAGCCCCUGGAACAAAUAAUGUACUUUCUGUCUUCAUGACUUUGCCUGUUGCAGGUAUUUCAUAAAAAUGAAAUAAUGAAAUAUGUGGCCUUUUGUGUCUGGCUUCUGUUAUUUAGAAUCAUGUUUUCAGGGUUCAUCCAUGUUGCAGCAUGUAUCAGAACCUCAUUUCUUUUUAUAACUGAAUAAUGCUCCACUGUAUGAAUGUGUACCACAUUUUGUUUAUCUGUCAUAAAUGAUGGACAUGAACAAUGAAUUUUAGUUAUUAAAAUUGUAAGUUCAACUUUAGUGUAUCUACAAUUACAAUUGGUAAUGUCAAGAUUAUACUUGGUAUAAACAGAAUGCUGUAUAGAAACAGUAUGUAAAUUAUUUGUCAGCAUAUCAUGCAUAUGAUUUCUAAGGCCCUUCUAGCUCUGGUUUUAUGAAAUAUUUGAAUGUAGUAUUUUGUCAAUAAAGUUUAAUGCAUUAAGCAUUAGUUUAAAAUUUGAGAACAAUGUUAGGCAGAUAUGAAGCUAUUUGCCACAUGUUGUAAUGAUCAUGUUUGAAUUUAUUUCAAUAUGCAGUAUUUGAAAAAAUAUCAAUGCAUAAAAGGAAAUGAGUAUAAUUAAGUCAAUAUAUUUUUAAAGCAAUUUUUAUAAUUUAGCAGACACUGCAUCUUAAUAUAAGUCACUGUUAAAAUUGUGUCCUUGUGAAAAAUGAAAUGUCAUUUUUUUGUUGUUGAUCAUGUAAAAUUAAUUCCUUUUCAUUGCUGUGUGUUCUGUUUACUUUUGACAAGCUAUUGCUUGCCCCUGUGGAAUGUUUUACUUCUAUUUCAUUUUUCCCUCCUUUUUCUCCUCUGAUCCCUCCCUCUCAUAGCCAAAUAUUCACUGUUUUUUUAAAAAGUCAUCAUAAUGUACCCUGUCUUUAAUGGUUUCUAAGAGUAGAUGAUCAAAAAUACACAGAUAUUUUUCAUCCCCAUUGAGAGACUUUAUUCAAGCCUUUGUUACUGACAGAACUCACUGAUUUCUUUCUUAAAUCAAUUUUCCUUUCUUCCUCUCCUCCUCUCCUUCCCUCCUGCUUUCCCUCUUCCCCCUCUAUCUCCCCGCUUCCCGGCCUCUCUCCCUCCCUUCUUCCUUGCCUUUCUCCUCCUUUCCUUUUCUGCCUGUCAAUAUGAUCACCUUCUUUCUUUCAGAUGAGAUUGGAAUGAAAUUGUUCAGCUGCAUCAAGAAAUUAAUGUUCCUGAGUAGAUUGCCAAGAAUUAUGAACGAAGAGGGCUGGUCCAUUUGCAUCUACUUAAAUUAUUCAGUUAUCUGCUUUAUUGCUCCAUGCUGAAAACUUAGAAGUUGAUUUUUGUGUUAAUGUUUUUAACUUUUUGCUUAGUUUCUACAUGUUUAUUUUCAGUAAAUGACUGAAAGUGUUAACUAUUCUAUAUUUUUAGCACAAUGUGCUGCAUACAGUUUCCAAAAAGCAAAUAAGGUUACAUGUGUACAGAAUUUCAUUUUAGGUUAACUAAGUAUUGCCUGAGUUUAGUUGGGUUUUUUUUUGUUUGUUUCAGUCUGAAAUGCUUCCUUUCCAUUGUUUGAAACUGAAAAUAAACAAUAUUGAACCAUUUUGAAUUUACCUCAUUUUAAAACUCAGUUUAAAUUUAUUAUUUGGCCUGUUGUUAAUAUUGGUCACUAAAAACAAAGUGAGAGCAGUCUUACGCAAUGCUUAGGAGUCAUUUUAUAUAGUAUGUGUACAACAUUAAAACCUGUUGAAAAAAAAAGAAGGAGGUACCAGCACUCACUUGUCCUUGGCCAUUUUUUCUUGUAAUUAUGUUAGACAAAUUGGUGGGAGCGGGAAUCAAAAGUUAAUUGUGUUUAAUUCUACAGCUAGAGAAGCUUUGUAUUGCUGAACUUUCAUCUGGGAAAGUUUCACAGUGACAUUUUUAAAAGAAAAAUUUUUUUAUUGACCGAAUUCUACCAGUGUAACCUUUUUUCUAAAUAAACAAUAGUUUUCUCAA